UAUACUGUAUUUUUACUAACAUAAAAUUUUAAUGAGAAUAAAACUUUUAGAGGUUAACAUUCUAGACUUCUCAGUAUUCCAGAGACCAAUGGUAUUAAAUAUACUUUAUAUAGGUUGAAAAUCUCCAUCCCAGCUCUUGGCACCCUCCUCACUGACAUCAUGCUCCAGUUCCUGCUUGGAUUUACUUUGGGCAAUGUGGUAGGAAUGUAUGUGGCUCAGAACUAUGACACACCAAACCUGGCUAAAAAGCUUGAAGAAACUGAGGAGGAUUUGGAUGCCAAGAAGAAACCCCCUAGUUCAAGAGGCUGACUCCAGAACCGCCUUCUGGAUACACCGAAUGUACUGCUCUUGAGGGCCUUCUUUACUGUUCAAAUCAAAAGCUUUCAUUUUCACCACGAGUCUAAAUGAUUUCCUUCUUUGCUAGACCCUAUCUAUAUUGCCUCAAAGUAAAAAUGGGGCCAUAGUUAAGAACUAUCUUUAUAGUUCCAACAUCUUUACCUCUUUCUACAUUCGCUUUCCAGGUGCUUGGGAGGUUCUGAGACUGGAAUUAUGGUGCUAGAUGAGUAAAUAAGACUUUUAAUUUGUAAACUCUCCCUUUUUCUCUGAGAUUUCUACUCUUUUGUCAAAAGAAAAAAAUGAUUAAGUUUUAAUAACCAAUAAGCUACAAAUAAUGCUGAUUUCACAGUUAGCAGUUAUAAUGGGUGCUUGUUAAACAUCUGGUAUUAAAUUAUGUCAUUUCAGAGUAAUUAAAACUAAUAUCUAGAAGCCAAAAAAAAAACACAAAAAAAAAACCACACACAAAAACUUCAUUGUAUAAAUCUUCAAUGCAAAAUGCUUUAAAACUUUGAGUACUCACAUGAUAAUACAAGUGGAAAAUUCCACACAUGGACCUUAUGUGAUGGUUCAGUCAAAACUGAACUAGGGACCAGCAAUUAGCGUAAUGGCUAUGUCGCUGGACUCCCAUGUAAUUGACC